AUGUUACCGCAGGCACAGGGGAACACGAAUGAGAUAAGCCUCAGAGCUCCAGAAGGCGGCCGUAACAUGGUCCUAGCUAAGCCUGACUUCAGUAAUGCGCCGCAGACUGACGUGAAAAACCGUAUAAGGUGUUUCCUAGAUCGUGCUCGUGCUCUUCCAGAGUGUGCACCCAACGCUUCGGAGCCUAUUGUGUUGGACAGUAACAGUGAUUAUUCGGGCGGUGAGCAUGAUGGGUCCCUUGGAGUGAUCAUGGAUGUAAUAGAAAUAGGUCCCGCAGAAUCACGGGAGAGGAUUGAAGGCGGAGAAGCUACAUGA